AUGUCCAAGGCGGACGAAAACGGCAAUGAGCUGAUGGAGAUUGAGGAGGUGGCGGUCUCCGACGGCGGUGCCGCCCGCUUCGCCGCCGUCGACGUGAAGAGCGGCGAGGAGCGCUUCAACGUCAUUUGGCAGGACAGCGGCAAGCUCAUGCGCUUCGAUGAGGGCGAGAACCAGUGGAAGGAGCGUGGGCAGGGCACCGCCAAGGUGCUUCAACGCAAGGAUAACACGUCCAAGUACAUGUUCGUCUUCCGUCGGGAGGGCGUUGGCAAGCUGGCGGCGCAGCACUACCUCGUAAAGGGUAUGAAGGUGACCAAGCACAAGCAGGGUGAAAAGAUUCUUGUGUGGUCCGCCUUCAAAGACUUCACCGAUGACGAGGAGGGAUUCCCGGAGAACUUCGUGAUGCGACUGUCCUCCAAGGAGGCAGCGGACAAGGCUCUGGCCGAGAUGAUGGGGGCGAUUGAGAAGUCAAGCGUGUAG